AUGUCCGCUCCAGCAGCUAACUAUGUCGUUUCUUUCAAUGACCGGGCAACGGCCGAUCAGGCCAAACCCCACAACGAUCUCCUUGUCAUCGAGCUGACGAUCCAGGACAUCGACGUAGCGAGAGUGUUGGUCGACACCGGAUACUCGGCCAAUAUUAUCCACAAAAGUACCCUCGAAAGAAUGGAGAUCGAUCUGUGCGCCGUUACGGAAAGACCCAGCCCGAUAUUCGGACUCUCGGGAAAUGCUACUAUGACUUUCGGCUCGAUCGACCUCGUUGUUAAAGCCGGGAGCAUCAUCAAAGUCACAGAAUUCUUAGUCAUCGACCGCCCAACAUCGUACAACGCGAUCGUCGGUACUCCAUGGCUGAAUUCAAUGCGAGCGAUCCCUUCGACAUUCCAUCUGUGCCUUAAGUUUCCAACCCCUCGUGGAGUCGAAACUAUACAAGGAGACCGCAGGAUGUCGCAACAAUCUCAAAGGGCCGAAGCCCUAGAAGGGAAGCGCAAACUGACUUGCGAACCGGUAAUUUUGAUCUGCCUCGACGAAUCCUCUCCGGAACGAUGCGUCGAGAUUGGAGCCAACCUCUGCGAGCCACUAAAGACAGAGCUCAUCGCCUGUCUCAAAAAGAACCCCAAUGCGUUCGCUUGGGCUGCGGAAGAUAUGCCAGGGAUCGAUAUCGGCAUAACGUGUCAUGAGCUUAACAUCGAUCCGACCUAUAGACCCGUCAAACAAAAAAGGCAAAAGCUAGGACCGGAGCGUGCCACCGCGGUAAAUGAGGAAGUCGAAAGACUCCUGAAGGUCGGAUCAAUAACAGAAGUUAGGUAUCCAAACUGGCUCGCUAACCCGGUCGUGGUCAAAAAGAAAAAUGGUAAAUGGCGAGUAUGCGUCGAUUUCACCGAUCUCAACAAGGCCUGUCCAAAGGAUUGA